AUGCCACCGCUUGGGGCUGCCUUUGGCUCAUCAACGGAGGCAGAUUUGCCAUCAGUGAAAGACUUGAUCGAUGUACACAACGAAAACAAGCAGCUUCGCAGUGGACUUGGGCAAACGACUUCAAGCCUGAAGCUUCUCAUUGAUUACAUCGCGCUCAGUAACCCAGACUUCAACAAUCUUGAUCGCAACUCAAAGCGAGAAAGAAGAAGCUCCGACAGCGAAGACGGGUGCUUUGCCAGAAGUAUAAAUACCUGGAUUUGGUGCACAGUAACGUUGAGCCGCGGCUCUUGUGGCGGUGUGCGGCGACAACAGCAGUAUCGACAGACGCAAGGUCAAUCGGCCAAUUCCAGACGAAAUAGCGAGCAAUAUAGACGACGCUCGUCCAGCCCUGCUUCGAGCGAUGAAGGCCAAUCAAUCCCGGGUCAAGAUCCGGCAAAUUCAAUGGCAACUGUCCAUGGUGAUGAUGACAAUAUUCUGCCGCCAGUAGUCAUCCACCAAACCCUGGAUGAGAGCAUUCGCAUCAAUGUGGACGGGAAACUGUUGCAUCAAAAGGAGUUUGCACAAUACUACCAAGCGAGCGGCCUGGCUAGAUCUAGUCGCCAAACAUUCAUGAUGAACAACAUCAAGAUCAACGAGAUGCGAAUGAGGAAUAUUUAG